AUGGCCUCAGAACUAGUUGCUUCUUCCACUGCGAGAAGAAUACCAAUUGCUUUUUCAAAAAAGAAUUCUUUUUCAAAAGAGGCCUUUUCUGGCACCUUGGCAGGAUGCGCUCAAGUUGUUGUUGGGUUCCCGUUUGAUACCAUCAAGGUUCGACUUCAAACCGACUCUCAAAAAUAUAAGACGGCGAUAAACUGUCUAAAAAUGACAAUUAGACAAGAGACUGCUCUGGGUUUAUACAAAGGCUCUUCUUCUCCGAUGUUGGGAAACGGAAUAUCCAAUGCCAUUUUAUUCAGUACAAACAAAAAAUUCCGUGGCAUGUUCAACGAUGGUGACUCAACACGUUCUUUAACAUUAAACGAGAUUGCAAAAGCUGGCGCAUUAACAGGCGUAGUUAUGUCAUUUGUGAAUUGUCCGGUAGAGCUUCUCAAGGUGAAGCUACAAACACAAUAUGAUCAACCGGCCGCAAACAAAAAAUAUACGAGCGUAUUUCACGCAGCCAGUUCAAUUUAUAAUCAAAAUAACAUUAAAGGAUUGUAUCGCGGUAUCACAGCAACUGUAAUCAGAGAUGUACCUACCAAGAAAUUAAUAAGUGAUCGUAAUCACCGAGGAGACCUCAACAAACUUACACAUUUAGAACUACUGAUGGCGGGAGGCACAGCUGGUAUCGCAUGUUGGAUACCUUGUUAUCCGCAAGAUGUGAUCAAAACUCAUAUACAAAGAGAACCAAGUUACACGUCAACUCUACAUUGUAUUCGAACUUUAAUUCGAGGCGCCAUAAAUUCAAAUAAAUCAAUACUUAGAGUAUUCACCAAAGGUUUCGCACCCACUAUGGCCAGAGCAUUUCCUGCUAAUGCUGCAACAUUUUUUGCCUAUGAAAAAUCAAAAGAACUUUUUCGUGAAAAAUAG